AUGUGGCAGUCCUUUGCAGAGGCAUUUGACCUGGACUGGAUCGACCAGUAUGUGAAAGUUGAAAAGAUAGGUGAAGGAACGUAUGGAGUGGUAUACAAGGCUUGUGAUCGUGUAACCAAUGAAACUAUAGCUCUGAAGAAAAUACGCUUGGAGCAGGAAGAUGAAGGUGUUCCAAGCACUGCAAUUAGAGAAAUUUCCCUCUUGAAAGAGAUGCAGCAUGGGAACAUUGUCAGGUGUUUUGUUUAUUUAGUUGAUCAGACUAAGCUUUGGAGCAUAGUUAUAGCAACCCUUCACUUUUCCUUAAAGUAGCUUUGUUGGAUAAGGAUACCUUGACAUGGACAUGACACUUUGGCCCUUCAGCUUAGUGGGAAAAUAUAUAAAAUUUUGAAAAAUAGUCAAACCAAACAGGCCUCUUUUUAUAUUGGCCACUUUACUUUUCUCUUGUACCAUAGGUUGGAGAUUGUAUCUGACCUCCCUCCUGUCAAUCUUGUAUUUUGUUUUAUUUCAUUUUCUAACUGGAUUUUCUUUCUAAGUGCACUGUAUAUUGCAUAUUCUUUAAAGUGGGAAAAGAGCUCCUUUAACCUCUGCUGAA